AAAAACAUUUCUAGAUACUGAAAGAAAAAAAAUCGAGUGCCGCAUUAGUAUUUUUCUCCUCCUGUAGGAACAGUACAGGCUCACUGUAAGCUUGCCCAUACAUGGGCUGCCUUUUAUUAUAUAUUGGUACAGUGCCUAAUGCAGCAGGGUCUUGUCUUUUUUGAGUGGGUUCACAUGCUAAAUACAGAUAAUAAGCAACUGGCAGUCCAAGUUUGUAACAAGUGCCACCGGCCAGGGUGGCGAAUUUUCACAAAUGACGAAAGCUGAAAAGCUUUGAACAAGUCUAAUUCUUUCCUCUGAAAUAACAGAUGUUUGUGUCCUGUUGACUUCAGUCACUUGCAUGACUCUCUGUAAUUACAUCGUUCAAAAUCUGUAGAAUUGUUUUUAACGUUGGUGUCUGUGUUUUUAAAAGUUCACAACAAUUUUGUAAUUGAAUUGAAUGCCUAUGUGACUCUUACUGUCAGUAUGAAAACAACUACGUGUUUAAGUCAAAGAUGCCAUGGCAGUAAUGGACACGUGGUAAAAAUGUUGCUAUAUAGCUUUGGCCAAAGACGCCUGUGUGCACCUUUAACCUGAAGAGAUCUUGCAUGAAAACUAUACAUCUCCUUUACGCAUUUACAGAAUUAGGUCUUUAUUGAUGGACUUUCUCUUCUGAGGUUUUUUUUUUUAUUGUCAAUGCUGCUAAGUUAUCGUAUUAGAGAUUACAAACUCCAGACCGCUCAUCUUAGUUUAUUGUGGUUUUAAUCCGAAGGUGUAAUUAGCAAUAAAUUUCAAAUAAAUUACUUUGCUGUGGGGAGGAAGGCUGAGGCUUCUUGUGAAGCACCUCAAUUUUACUUAAUUUUUCUGAAAAAAAUGUGAACCUGUUUUGAAGGACUCACAAGGGGGAGGGGAAAUAGGAUUUAACUUUUGCUCUAAUAGCCUUUUCAGUUGCUGGUUUUUGUUUCAGUGCUGAUUGAAGUGCUUGUGAAAAUUGCUCACCUGCAGGAAACAUGAGGUCACAGUACGUCACAGUGCCCACAGUAACUGUCCUUCUGUUCUUGCUAUGGAUCCAAUCUUCAACAGGCUGCAAUAAGGCUCUCUGUGCUAGUGAUGUCAGUAAAUGUCUGAUACAGGAGCUGUGUCAGUGCCGCCCUGGGGAAGGGAACUGUUCCUGCUGUAAGGAGUGCAUGCUCUGUCUAGGCACGCUUUGGGAUGAGUGCUGUGACUGUGUUGGUAUGUGCAAUCCUCGCAAUUACAGUGAUACACCUCCAACAUCCAAGAGCACUGUAGAGGAGUUGCAUGAACCAAUUCCUUCACUUUUCCGGGCGCUCACAGAAGGGGAUACUCAGCUGAACUGGAAUAUUGUUUCCUUCCCUGUAGCAGAAGAACUGUCACAUCAUGAGAACCUAGUUUCCUUUUUAGAAACAGUGAACCAGCCACAGCAUCAGAAUGUCUCUGUUCCAAGCAAUAACGUCCAUGCACCUUACUCUAGUGACAAAGAACACAUGUGUACUGUGGUGUAUUUUGACGACUGCAUGUCAAUACAUCAGUGCAAGAUCUCUUGCGAGUCCAUGGGAGCAUCCAAAUACCGAUGGUUUCACAACGCCUGCUGUGAGUGUAUUGGGCCAGAAUGCAUCGACUAUGGCAGUAAAACUGUAAAAUGCAUGAACUGCAUGUUUUGAAGCAGGAAAAUUGUAACAUAGUAAUACGGAGGCCAAAGUAAUCUCUCUCAGUUAAAGAGAUGGGGAUUGGAAAUACUGCAUUCUGGUGGAAUACCUACGGGUUGCAACUAAAUGGAGCUGGCUUGAGAAAAGAUGUAUAAAAUUUGAAAUCAUUCUUUUUCUUUUUUAAUUCAUGUAAGCAAGGCUAAGUAGUAGAGUUUCAGCCAUUAUGUUUUAAGUUUAUUUUUCUUUAUUUCUGCUCAGAUGGUACAGCCGUGCUCAUACUUGCUGUUCUGAUUGUUUUGCUUUAAUUUGAAUGUAUUGACUAUAUUGUAUCUAGUAGUUUAGGGAAACCGUAAUAAUAUGGUAAAAAGAUUCCCGUCAUCUAAGUUUGACAAAUAAUCAAGUGGAUACUGUGUUUUGUUUUGUUUUAUUAUUACCUUCCACGUUUUGAGCUUAGCCUUCUGUUGUGAAAAGGAUAUUUGGGAAAAAAACCAAAAAAUUAAUUCUUUCAGUUCAUUCUUUCUCUUCAAGUUCAAAACAUGGGCUGUCAUGGAUAAAAUCCUAACUUCUUAGAAGGGCAGUCCAGCAAAACACUACAUAUGGAACACUUUCCCUCUAAAUUUCAUCUGCCUCAUUCUCAUAAGUACAUUUAAUGCAAUUACUGCAUGAAAAAAAAAAAAA